ACUGCGUCAUUAAGUCCACCUUUAUCAAAAAAUGGCUUCGCCCGGUGAAACUGUCGCUCAGUGGAGAACGACAAUUAUAAUUAGCUCAUCCCUCCAGAACCAUGACACCUGCAGGACGCUCGGCGCACAGCAGCACAGAAUGAGGUUUUCUGACAGCGUGGAAGCCGGGGCCUUCAUUUUCCCGCUUUCAGGUAUUGCGUUCCUGCUGGUUGAUCCUCAGGUCCUCCCAGAGCCUCUGGAGGAAUCAGGAUUAACUGAACGCAUUGAAAAAUUUGUCCAGGUCCACAGGAACUGCUUUUUACUUCUCUAUUCUCCCUUUAAUGGGGAAAAAGAACUGCAGGUUUUGACUUUGAUUCAGCACAGAUUUAUCGGCAGCAAUCUGAAGAUCCUUCCUGUACGAAAUGGAGCACAAAUAGCCAAAGGAAUGCUGACAAUCGCCAAGGCCACCAGUAAGCCGCACGCUGAUCAAAUCCGAGAGCGAAUGUCUCUGGCCCGGGCUCACAUCAUCGAGACCAGUCCUGUGUGGGAAAUGCUCAGAGACAUUUUCUAAAGCCCAGCAGGUGAUCCAGUUAGCUUUAUUUAGCAUGACACAAGUUAAUACACAGUCCCUGCUGAUGACACAAACUACUUUUGAAAAUAAUUUCAGCAAAGAUAAAAUGAUCACUUUACAGCACUGCAUUCUUUAUUUAAUUUGCCAAAUUAAAUAAAGUGUUAUGUGUUUUAUGUGUUAUAAAACACAUAAAAAGUUCCAGU